AUGGAUCCAGAAAGACAGCCCUUGAUUCAGCGAGCCAGAAUGCACAGACCCCUAAGUUACGAAGAAGUGUUGCGCACUAGCACCGAGCUGCCCUGGAGAAGUGCCAGGUUCCUGAUCAUCCUCUUGUUCUGGGCGACGAUGGCUAUGUUUUUGUCGAUCAUCGUCUGCAUCUUGCUGACCAGCGCUUGUUCUAUUACCGGAAACGGGCCAACUGUCCCUCCUGUGCAUCUAACGUUCGCACCACUUUUGUCUAGAGCAAUGAAUUAA